AUGGAUGCACAUUUCACGUGCGAGAAAAUUCAGAUUUUGGAUGGCGGCUUUGGCACUGAGUUAGAAGCAGUUGGUUACAAUAUUGAAAAUAACUCACUUUGGAGCUGUGCAGCAUUAUUCGACAAUCCUGAUCUUAUACUUCAAGUACAUAAACGCUUCAUUGAAGCUGGCAGUGAUAUCAUUCUUACAAACUCUUAUCAAGCUUGUAUAAAUACAAUGAUGAGUUCACAUGGUAUGACGAAGAAUGCUGCUGAAUCGUCCUUGAAAAAAUUGGUUUCGCUAGCAGAACAGGCAAUUAAUGAAUGUUCAGUGCGAGAAAAAGUAAAGAUAGUUGGUUCAGUAGGACCAUACGGUGUAAUUUUUAAUGAUGGCUCCGAAUACAAUGGAUAUUAUGUUGAUGAAAUUGAACAACAGGUUUUGGUUGAUUAUCAUAUGCAACAAACUAUACCAUUGCUUCAAGCAGGUCUCAAAGUCAUAGCCUACGAAACAGUUCCAUCAUACAAAGAGGCUUUGGCUAUACUGAAAGCAGCGGAUGCUAUUGGUUAUUCGUAUAAUUUCUGGAUUUCAUUCUCUUGUAAAAAUGAUAAGCAAACCAAUCACAAUGAAGAUUUUUGCAAAAGUGUAGAGAAAAUUGCACAUCAUCCCAGUAUUCUUGGAAUAGGAAUUAACUGCACAUCACCAAAUUAUAUAACACCGCUAUUGCAAUCUGCUAGUACUUCAGUUAAUUCGUUGCCAUUUAUUGUUUAUCCGAAUAGUGGCGAAGUAUACGAACAUAGCACCAAAAAAUGGAGAAUUGGCAAAUGUAGAUUUCCCGAUAUAGAGCAGUUGAUAGAGUGGAAAGAUUUAGGUGUGAAAGUGGUAGGUGGUUGCUGCCGAGUUGGAGCGGAAAAAAUCAAAGAACUUAGCAUCUUAGUCGCAAAAUUGAAUUCCGGAUACAGUAUGUUGUAA